AGCAGAAGCACACGUUUUCCUUUUUUUGACGCCUCCACGUUGAUCGUUUAGAGGUUUUAGGUACUAGGGCAAACGUGAAAGAAGAGGACAUACAAUCUAGAAAACAGACAGCCUAGAAACUGUGUCAAUGUCUGUGAAGACACACUGAAGAGCAGUGUGUGAGUUUGAAUGGUGCGUCCACUCAGAGAUGAAGAUUCAAGAACACAUGACCACCAUCCUCACCCUUUUACUCGCAAUCAGAGGUAUGGCAGUUACCCAUAUUUCCUUGCUGGAGGGAGAGACCUUUAACUUUGAUCUGCCAGAUGUGCCACGUGGAUCCAACAUCACCUCAAUCGAAUGGAGACACAGAAAGAACAGAAGCACAUUGCUGGCUAUUAUUAACCCAGAAAAUAACAGCAUUGAGAAAUUUGCUCAGAGGAGUAGACUUGAAAUCAUGAAGAAUGGAUCAAUCUACAUCAGAGAUGUCCAGCAAGAAGAUGUGGGGAACUACACUUGCAAGAUAAUUUUUGAAAGUGGUAGAACUGAAACGUACAUGGUGUCCUUGAACCUGUCCUCGGACACAUCAGGAAAGAGUCCUAUUUAUAACUCCACACUUGCACCAUUAGGUAAUCAACCUGCUAGUAUACUGAAGAUUGCUAUACCAGUGAGUUGUGGGGUCUUAGGUUUGGUUCUGCUUGGUGGUGUAAUACUAAUCAUUUUCAAGUGCAGAAAGGAACGCAGAACUUCAGGUGAAUCUAUUUAUGGUAACAUGCAGUAUAUUAUGCAACAACAACGAAAGAGGUCAAAGAGGCCAGAAAUGAAGGACGUGAAAUAGGCCAGCUGUCCCUGCCUCAUAUAACUACUACAUCUCAUCUGCAUCUACUACACUAUGCAGCACCACAGUCAGAACCCAAAACACCAGUGUGUGGUUUUUCUACUGCACUGUUUUCAGCAUCUGCUCUUUGUUGUGCAGUUUUCAGGAAACUGUUUUAAAGACACGUAUGGUGGGCUUUACUGCUUCAGUGCUUCCGAUAGUGCUAUGCGAAGCUGUUUGUUGCAGUAGAUGUUUUGUACAUGCGCACCUUGUUGUUAACUUAUAACCUUGUUGUUCACUUACUAACCCUAAACUUAAACAUAACCUUAAAGAGAAUUUACAUUGAUUUUCUUUUAUUUUUGUAGUAUUUUUUUGGUUCAUUGUAGAAAAAAAUAUUUUCUUUACAGUGCUGGUUAUAGGAGGCAGGGGUUGUGAUAUGUACAACACAAAUAUAACCAAUUUAUUCACUAUUCAAAACCACCAGUGAACCUACACAUGUUAAGUGUAAUAAUACUACUACUAAUAACAAUAAGAAAUACAUUUUCUGACGGGAAAAUUUUGCCUUACAAUACUCUGCAUGUAUUUUAAAAACAUAUUUUAGGCCAAUAUGAUCAUAGAACACUGCAUUCAUAAAUAAUUUAUGUAACAAUUUUUUUGUGAGGGAUCUUUUAGAAGCAUUAAAAACUUUGGAUGUCGGGUUCUUAUCACCACCACUGUGAAAAAUUCUGAAUUUGUAUGUUUCUCUAGAAUAGAGCUUUUCACAUCAGACCACAUUGACUUUGUUUACAUUUUAACAAGUUGAUUAAGCAUAAAUGUUCUGUUGAGUGAUAUCAAAACCAAGUGUUACCUUUUCUUUCUGUUACUUUGUUCCUUUUUGCAUAUACACAUACACCAUAUUUCCAAAAGUAUUUGCUCGUCUGCCU